GCUUGAGUGAGCAUGUUUACUACCGUGUUAUAACCACGGCGAGCAACUACGAACAAGAAUCAGUCAGGCUGACUGACGACAGAAGACCAUCCAAGUGUACGGUGUUUCCAAGGCGAAGGACCAAGAAGAAUUGACGAGAUGUCUUACCGUGACAACGAUCGGGAACGGCGGGACAGCCGCCUGGAUGGACGGCCUGAAGACAGGAGGGACGGACAUCACGGCGGGGGAAGAGACUACCACCAAGACGAUCGACGUGAAGCGUUACGGGAGCGCGAUGAAACUUCGGGAGAAUAUCGGUGACGUGCGCCGCCCACAUGCUUCGAAUGUGGCCAGAUCGCGCGAAACCUCCCCUGAACGCAUGAAGCUGAAAAAGCAGAUCGAAGAACUGGGAGUUUCGCUUGCAGCCAUGCAUGGGCACAUCGAGCAGGAGAAGCAAAAGAAGCUCGAAACGGAGAAACGCAAGCAAGAGAAGAUUGAAAAACAACAGCGCGCCGCAGCGGAGAGGGAAGCACAAGAGUGGAAGUUGGCGCGGAAAAGUGCGAAGCUGAAAGAGGCUGAGGAACUGAAGAUGCAGAUGUGGAAGGAAAUGAGGAUGGAAGCAGCACUUGUGGCGAGUGAGCUGCGUGAACAGAUAUCGGGAGGCUUUUGCGAACAACUGACGGACGACAUGUUACGGGCACUAGCGGCAUCAGCGAUCGAUCGUAAAGGGAAGAAGAAAGCAGCCUCGCCGCCUCCAUCGAACUUGUCAUCCGCAAGCAAUAGCGACACGAGUGACGCGGAGCAGAUGAACCGACGCACUCGGAAACUGACGAAAACGGAGAAGCGUAAACGAAGUGAGGAGAAAGCGGUGGGGAACAGUCCACGGAUGGCGCAACAGGCAAAGAGGACACCUAGGACGAUUGGAGUGAGGCCAGUGCGACUAGCUGCGAAGUUACAAUGUACUGCGCACAAGAUGAAGGAGAAGAACACUCCACCGCAUUUUACCCCACGACGGGGGACUCCACGUACGAAAAUCGCGACUACUAUGGGUUCAGCGGGAAGAGCACAAUUCAUCUGUGAAAAUAUCCGUGCUCUUGCGGAUCUGGGAGCAGACGAACUCAAGGACAUCUGUAGGAAGGAGGGCGUGGAGUACGAGAAGAAAACUAUUGCAGCCAUGAACAUCGCUAAGAAGCGAGCAGUCGUAGCAUACGGGAGCAAAGAAGACGAGAUCAGGAGCAGCGAUAAUGAGAAUGAGGGGAUUGAGCAGGAAGAACAGAACUUUGAUGUGCAUGUGGAGAAACUUUACAGGCUUACGAUUAUGCUACUCACUCUGGCGGGAGAUAUCAAUUGGUUGUCGAAAUGUAUUGACUCAUGGGUACGCAUGUAUGCUGAAGUGGGUAUUGACUUCAUCGAGGUAACGAACGUGGUGUAUACGCUAGCCUCACCUCAUUGCAAGGCACAGUACGUGGGACAGACAAGUCGGCAUGUGAACGUGCGAUGGCGCAAACACACUUCACGAUGCGAUCGAAGGAGCAAGGGCACUCACCUAUAUCGUUGGUGGCGCGACUUUGGACGGGAAUCUUACGUAUUGUUGCCGGUGGAAAUUUGUUCCGAUGAGAAACUGCUUGCCUUCGAGCAACUGUAUAUACAACGUUGGAAUCCAUCAUUGAACACCAACGGGGUUCGUCGGAGGAGGAAGAGCCGCAACACGAAGAGAAGAGGAAAACGUGAGCGGGAAAGGAUACGGACGGGUGGAGUUGAGGCGUGGAAAGGCAGAAGAGUCAAGCCAGUUGGUAUAAUGUGUGAAGGGCUCACAGAUGAGAAGUUGGACAUCUUCAGCACACUCGUGGACCUGGAGAAACAAGGUGUGCGUAAUUUCAAGUUGAUAUCCACCGGGGGCAACUGCUGGUUAGACGGUUGGAAGAAAAUUAGGAAGGCGUUUGGGUCGACGACUGUCACAUGUGAAGGUGGGGCAUCGACCCUGGCGAAAUGCAAGCAGAAGCUGGAGUUGGGCGGAUGUGUGACGGUACGGUAUUUGCGACGAUGGCAUAGUCGGGGUAAGCUGCACAAACAAGAUCUGAUUAAAACAUUGCGUGAUCCAGGGCAGUUAGGGGAGUUGAAGCAUCGGGAAAUCGAGGAGCUGUUCCGAUUGUAUCGAGCAGCCAAGGAAUUCGAGAAGAAGUCGACACGAUCAUACUUACGAAGGAUAAUCAGGCGAGUGAUCAAAGAAGUUUCGGGAUUACCCUAUCCUAGGAUAGGAGAUCAUGUGCGAUUCACACUGCAUGAUAUGGAGGGCGUACACCCGAUGCUGUGUAAUGCGAAGAACAUUCCACGGACAUCACAUCCGGACCGAGCGCUGCUGUUGAGACGCGAGAUUGAGGACGCAUUCAAGAACUGGCCAAAUCUAGGGGCAAAGGAGUGGGAGGUGACUAUUGAGGAUGCCAGUCAGUGUAUGAUAGAAACAACUGGGCAAAGUGAGAAGUAUCUGGACAUGGGGAAGGUCAACGAGCUGAAGAGCAAGUUGACCGGCCUGGUACGCACCCCACUGGACAGGAACCCGGGCGAGACCCUUGUGCUCUGCCCGGCGCUGUACCACGAAGCGAUGCUAACCACAUUUGUAUGCAACACCGGUUACAAGAUCAUGGAGACGAAUGAAGCGGCGAUUGUCGAAAGGAUGAGCAGUGAUGCGACAGCAAUGGGGUUGAAGCAGUUUGUGAAGAUUGACAAGAAGGGAACAUUUGGAUGCGCUUACGUGCAACCGAAGCACAAGGAUUUGGACAGAUACCGCCCUAUCUGCCCAUCCUAUUGUGAGCCGACAUAUGUGCAGCUCUUGGGGAUAGCUCGCUCUGAAUUGUAUCCGGAAUGGAAAUAGGGACACGGCGCGCAGGUUCGAAUGCUCUCUUGAUUGUCUUCGUUGAUUGGCUUUGUUUUUGUUGAUUAACUCUGCCGUGCCCCAUCUCACGAUCAACCUCGCUAGCUCGGGAGCUGUCCCUUUCUCACUCUCUCCCCUCUCUCUCAUAGAUUCGCUUCAACUGGGUCCUUUCCACUCUCAUCCGUCCCUCUCUGCCACUUGUGCCUCAAGCUCUCCUUCUCUCUGAGUGCUCCCCCUUUCGCUGCACACUCUCUUUCCCUCUGCGCACUCACACUUUCGCAACGCUCUCUCUUUCCCUUUGCACACUGUCAGCCCCUCGUUCCUGUCCCGCUGGAAUAGCCCAAGCUCGAGUGUACCGAUAUAUUUUUAGGGGUAGGUGCUUGGAAUCCAAAUUAGGAUAAUUAUGAAUAAAUAGAAAACCCAUGG